AUGAUCAGUGCCGGAAAAGAUGAUUUCUCUCCGACAAGUUUAAACGAACACAACAAUGGACCAUUUAUUGAUGAUAUUAUUUUUGAAAUUCUUCAUUUCCUUGAUUCAUUGUUUAUUAUUCACAUUUGUAUGAAAAUUUCAAAACAAUGGAGACGUGUAUCUUUUCAAAUUCCUCUCUCAUUAUCAUUCCCACAAAAUCACUUCAAACAAGAUGUUAAAUCCAUCAAACUUUUAACAGAUUGUGAAUGUUUGAAAAAUUUGACUUAUUUGGAUCUGUAUUACAACGGAAUUGGUAGAGAAGGUGUUAAAUUUGUUGCUAUGAGUGAAUUCUUGAAGAAUUUGACUUCUUUAAAUCUGGGUUUGAAUCAAAUUGGCAGUGAAGGUGUUAAAUAUAUUGCUGAAAGUGAAUGUUUGAAGAAUUUGACUUGUUUGGACCUGUAUUACAAUGAAAUUGGUAAUGAAGGUGCAAAAUAUAUUGCCACAAGUGAGUGCUUGAAGAAUUUGACUUCUUUGAAUCUAGAUGGGAAUCAAAUUGGUGUUGAAGGUGUUAAAUAUAUUGCUACAACUGAAUGGUUGAAGAAUUUGACUUAUUUGAAUCUGGGAUGGAAUGAAAUUGACAACGAAGGUGUCAAAUAUAUUGCUUCAAGUGAAUCAUUGAAGAAUUUGAUUUCUUUGAAUCUGUAUCACAACAUAUUUGACGAUGAAGGUAUCAAAUAUAUUGCCAUGAGUGCGUCCUUGAAAAAGGUGACUUCUUUGAAUCUGAGUAGGAAUGGAAUUGGUAGAGAAGGUGCUAAGUAUAUUGCUACAAGUGAAUGCUUGAAGAAUUUGUUUUCUUUGGAUCUGGGUUACAAUCAAAUUGGCAAUGAAGGCGUUAAAUAUAUUGCCGCAAGCGAAUGGUUGAAGAAUUUGACAUCUUUACAUCUGGCUAGCAAUGAAAUUGAUAGUGAAGGUGUUAGAUAUAUCGCCACAAGCGAGUCCUUGAAGAAUUUGUCUUCGUUGAAUCUGAGUUACAAUAGAAUUGGCAAUGAAGGUUUCAAUUAUAUUGUCACAAGUGACUGGUUGAAAAAUUUGACUUCUUUGAAUCUGGUAUGGAAUGGAAUUGGUAGUGAAGGCGUUAAACAUAUUGGUGCCAGUGAAUCCUUGAAGAAUAUGAUUUCUUUGGAUCUGAAUGACAAUCAAAUCGGUAGUGAAGGUGUCAAAUAUAUUGCUGAAAGUGAAUCAUUGAAGAAUUUGACAUCUUUGAAUCUGAAUAGCAAUCAAAUCGGUAGUGAAGGUAUCAAAUAUAUUGCCACAAGUGAAUGGUUAAAUUUGACCUCUUGGAAUCUGAAUGGCAAUGAAAUUGGCAAUGAAGGUGUUAAAUAUAUUGCCACAAGUGAGCGCUUGAAGAAUUUGACCUCUUUGAAUCUAGGCGGAAAUCAAAUUGGCAGCGAAGGUGUUGAAUAUAUUGCUGAAAGUGAAUCCUUGGAAAAUUUGACUUCUUUGAAUCUGGGACGGAAUGGAAUUAGUAAUGAAGGUGUUAAAUAUAUUGCUAUGAGUGCAUGUUUGAAAAAUUUGACUUCCUUGAAUCUGGUUAGCAAUGAAAUUGGCAGUGAAGGUGCUAAAUAUAUUGCCAAUAGUGAGUGGUUGAAGAAUUUGACUUCUUUGGAUCUGAGUAAUAAUGACAUUGACAAUGAAGGUGUAAAAUAUAUUGCCACAAGUGAAUGCUUGAAGAAUUUGACCUCUUUGGAUCUUUAUUACAAUAGAAUUCUCAGAGAAGAUGUCAAAUAUUUUGCUACGAGUGAAUGGUGGAAGAAAAUGGCAAUUGGAGUUGAAGAAGAAUGA